GGAUUUUCCACUGACACUGGACGCUUUCGCUUUCAGCUGUAGAGAUGGAGGAGAAACACAUGCAGUCAGUGCUGAUCUCUCUGCUCAGGAAAGACAAUGUAUGUCUGUGGAUGGAGCCCUUCAGUUCUGACCAUCACAAGAUCCAGGAACUGGCUCACAAAUAUGUUGCAGCCACUGAGUUUACAUUGGAGGAGGUGAUUUCAACUCUGGAGAGCAUCAGAGCAGACACCAGCAGGAAAGAUGAAGGAAACAAGCAGUUUAAAGAGACAGCGGUGGCUUCACUGCAGCUGCACCUGCCCAAAACAGCAGAGGUGCUGAUGCAUUCAAAAAGGAAAGUUCAUUUACAAACCAAACUGGACAUCACCGUGCAAGAGCUGAAGAAACGGAUCAGUGAAUUCUGGAUUAAAACACUUCAAUUUUUUCUUAGAAAAAUACUGUCUCCAGGGAAGAGGCUUGAUGAACAGAACGUGAAGAACAACAGUAAGAUCAUGGUGCUGGUCUUGUCCUCGGAGCAAGUGAAGAAUGAGUUGCGGGAGGAAGAGGAGAAGAAGCGGCAGCAGGAUGAAGGAUUGCAGAGAACGCAUAAGGGUUUCCAGAUCCUGUCGGAGAGAGACGGCAGCGAAGAUCCGACCACCACCCCGUUCCUAGAGAUCGCCGAUCAGAAAGGAAAUCCACUGCAGAUCCCUGACAGCGAGAGGAAGGCUCUGAUCCUGGCGAUGGGUUUGCAUGAGAAAGGCCGAGCUCUGAUGAAGAAGAGGAACCACAGCGCUGCUCUGUCUCAUCUGGUGCAGGCCGACGAACAGUUCAAUAAGUGUAACUCGGCGCUGCUGAACACGGUGGAUAACUAUGCGGUUCUGCAGCUGGAUGUGGUUUGGUGUUACCAGGCUCUGCAGCAGCUCGACUGUCUGAACGACGCCAGACAACGUCUGGAACGAGCCGAGGAGUGUUUCAAGAGAUGCUACGGAGAACAGCAGAGCCGUCUGCAGCAGAUCAAGGGUCACACUGGAGGAGAGGAUGUGCUGUUUCUGAGGCUCUAUCUUCUUCAGAGUCUGCUGGCCUACUUCGAUGGCAACAAGAACCAAGCCUUGAACAAGUUCAAAAUCGUGGAGGAUCUGUACGGUCAGCUGUGUCUGGACCCUGAGAAGAUGGGCCUGCUGAUGACUCUGGGUUUCUCGGAGCAGGAUGCGCGUCUGGGUCUGAGAGCCUGUCGAGGAGACGUGGUGGCGGCCGAGCGGCUCAUCUCGCAGAGGAAGAAGGAGAAGAAGGAGCUGAAGGAGCAAGAGCGGGAGAAGAGGAGACGCCGUCUGCAGGACAUCAACACGCUGGUGGAGCUGGGCUUCAGUAAGAGAGACGCCGCCAAAGCCCUUCAUCAGACCAGAGGAGACGUGGACAAGGCCUACGGGGUUCUGCUGGACGGAGCUGAAGCUCAGCAUUCAAACAGACAGAAGAAACUGGAUGAGCUGCUGGAGAUGGGCUUUCAGGUGGACAUGGCCGACUCGGCGCUGAGGAUCAUGGGAGAUGAUGUGGUUCAGGCCACACAGAUGCUGCUGGACAACCAAGGAGUCGUUCCUCCUGACCUCCUGUCUCCAUCACCUCCAUCAUCCUCGUCAGAGGAGCCCAGCACCUCCUCCGACUCCACCGCUUCAGGUUCGAGUCGUCUUGAUGAGGAUCUGGUGAGCGAGGUUCUGGAAGACAUUCCCAGACAUGAAGAAGAUUAUCUGGAUGUGACGCUGGACGAGGAGAAGGAGCUGAUGGUGCAGAUCAGAUCUUACCUGGAGAAACAGAGCUCGUCCUCCGGAUGAGAACACUUCAAGUGUGUCAUUUCACCUCCAAAGACGUCGUUCAUGGUUCAUUAACGUGUUCUAGAAUAUAGUACGAUGGCAUUUUAUUUGUUUCAGAAAACACCCAAUCAUAAAGAUUUCCCUUUCUGUGUCACCUUAGAUUUAUACAAUGAUAAUAAGAAUAACGUUAAUAAUUUCAGUAAUAGUUGAAGCUUGAUUGAGGACGAAUGUCAGAGAAUGGUCACUUUAUUCAAAGAUUCGCUGAAGGGAACGUGUUCGUUUGGUUUGUGAUUCUAAACACUAAUUUUAUGAGCCGGUUCAGUUGAAGUGCUUUUAUUUCUUUCAGUUCGAUUCUGAUUCUUAUGUUCAUCUUAAUAAUGUUCAACUUCAGAACAUGCAAUAAACAUUCACUCAUUGUGAACGUUGA